ACAUGUUUCAUUUCGAAAUGAAAGCUAUAUUUCUCAUUUUUACCAUUGUUAUAGCUUUUUCAAAUGCUACUAUUCCAGAAUGCAGCGGCGGAGUUGUUACAUUUGAUAAACCGGCAAACACAACUAUUGGGACAUCUUAUCCCGGUGUAUUCAACAAUUCAAAUAUCCAAAAUUUUCCAAAACUUUACAAUUGCGAUUAUCAAAUAAAUGUUCCACAAAACUACUCAGCACGUGUUCAUUUAUAUGUGGUCACCAAUGAUAAUACAACUGCACCGGUUCAGGUAACAGAUCAGCUCGGGAGGAGUGAAGAAGUUCAGUCUGUUAAAAAUACACUUUUCUUUUUUAUCUCACCCGGUGGCAAGAUACAACUCUCGACUGGAAAUCGGGAAGUUGGUUUUGGAUUUGUAAUUUAUUGGGAUGAAUACCCAAAUUUCACCACAAAUUAUUUGAACAUCUCAAAAUCAAAUAAUUUACCACCGAUCUAUGCAAUUGACCUUCAACAACAAGUGUUGAUAUCUGCGGAAACUAGAGUGUCAUUGACCAUUCAACCACCCGUUCUGAGUAGUAACCUUCAGUAUAUGCGUGGUUUAAUUUUUUUUGAUGGUCCUGAUUGGAAUUCACCUUAUUUGGGCACUGGCUUAGAGCUUUUAAAUUUGAAAUCACAGUUUGUGUCCACUGGAGCACAAUUAACAGCUUUGUACAUUGGAAAUUCCGGUUUCAUCAGCGACUGUCCGAUGAUAGUUCUAGACUAUGAAAAUACCAAGAAUAUCACACAAUUUUAUAGCAUUUAUUGCAUGAAAGAUCAAGAAUGUGAACCAAUGAGCAUGGAUGCAAGGAACAGUGUAGUUGCUCUGCAAUUAUAUCAUAGACCUGCGGCAGUACAUUACGUGCUUACGGCGUUAAACGGUGCAGGAGUCGUGAAAGCUUACGAUGGAGGCGGAAAUAGCAAUUUACUUGCUGCAUAUGAGGUACAAAACAGUCAGCUCAGUCUCCCACAAAAAUUUUUUGGACAGUUGACAACGUUACUAUUCACUGGCGGAAAGUCCACAAUUUCUCUCACUCGAAAACGUGAUUCAUUUGGAAUGACUACAGACUACGAUCAAAGUGGUUUUAUUUCUUCUGAUCCGUAUGAGCCUCCAUCUAGCUCACGACAUACUAAUAUUACACUGCAUUCACCCGAUCCGAAACUGGCUACUUUCAAAGUGAGCAAUGUUGCUACAACUAUGGUGAAUGGCUCUAGAUUGACUCUCACUAGUUAUAUGAACGAAAUGGUACUACUUCAAAUGAUAAUCGACACGUCAAACACGGUGGUUCCAAAUUCUACCCUGCGGUUUCCCGGAACUUCAUUAAGUGUUGAAUAUUAUCCCAGUAUUGCAGAUACAGGAGCAUUUUACAUGAACUUUCAAGUUAUCAAGUUAUCUUCUACCAAUUUGUCUUUAAUGAUAUUGAUAUUUUUACUCUGCUGAAUUUUUUGAUUUGAUAAAUGAAAAUUGUUACGGACU